AUGUACAACUACAACGGCACUGGGCGUAAGGAGCGUCGACCUAUGAAAGAGUAUCACGUGUUCCAUGAUUGCAUGCUAGAGGCAUGGACGCCGGACGGCGUGACCGAAGUGAAUCUUCAGGAGAGCAUCCACAUUGUCAUCAAGCGAGCCGAUGGCCGGAAACGGGCGAAACUGUUCAACUUCCGGCGACGGAUCUUCCAGAAUGUUGGCACAAUCUUCUCGGGGUAUCCGGAGAACUUUCCCGAUAUACAGUCCAUUCGGGUCGUCAGCGAAGAGAAGCUCCUUUCCAACCGUCAGGAGCAGCAAGAGGUUCCCCCAAGACCACCACAACAGCAGACCGGUUCGGUCAAUAUAGCCGGUUUCAGCUUCCCGAUCGCGGAUGAAGAAAUCGUGGAGAAACUGGAGCAAACCGUCCGCAGUAACUGGCUGGUGCGGCAGGCCUACGUGAAUCUGCUGCGCUCGCACAUGCCUCGAAAGUCGGACGCCCAUCGGAUCUACGAAAUCGUAUCGAACAAAAUCUUCACCCAUCAGGCACUGCAGAACUACUAUCUAACCGUGGACCGGCAACCGUACUUCAAACAGGCCACCCGGAAAGCGAUGGUGAACUACGAUAUCUUCCAGGGGUGUAUGCUAGAGGCCUGGUCGGACAGAGAUGUGGACCAUGCUACUUUGAACAAUUCUUUGCGGGCGGUUGUGAUGGUAAUCAGUCGAAAACUGCGUAAACCAGUUGGUUCUGCCGGUAGGCGGAACUAGAUUGCGUCGUUCAGAUGGAACGUGACAAAAAUCAAUGGCUGUGCGCGAAAUAUUGUCCCAUUAUCAAUUACGACUGUAUCUCGAUCCAAAUAUAAUUUGAAAAUGCUGAAAAAUAAACAAAAUGAAGCAAACGACUUUUCCAUUCGAUUCUAGCACUGCACAACAAUGAGUACUAACAUGUUUGUCUUGUUUCAGGUACGACUAGUCGCGAAAUGGCAAAGUUAAAAAACGACCUGGAGCGCUCCACGGUCGAAAGCGGUUUACUCAUCAGAAAACGUCAAAUUCUGCAGGACAAUAUGCCCGAGCUGGUGGACAAGGAUCAGGGCAGCCAAUCGUCGUCAGGCUACAACUGUGGCAAUUUGCACAUUGAAAUUCUUGACGAAGCCGAUGUAACGGCACCUUGUUUCCAACGUGUGCAGCAGGACCUGAAGCACCAGCCGCUGGUGGCGGGAUUCAACUUCCCUAUCGCUGACGAAGAUACGGUUGAACUGCUGGAGGCAACUGUAAACGUCAACGAACGAAUCCGAGAAGAAUAUAUCAACUACCUAAGGGUAAAGAAGCCCAAGCCGGUUGGAAUUGUGAACGUAUUUCACACGUUGUUUUCGGACGAAUCAAUGUACAGCUACAAUUACUCUGGUAUUUGCAACCAUGGGUCAGGGCGGAAGGCCAUGCAAAACUACACCAUCUUUGUAGACUGCAUGUUGGAAGCCUGGAAGCACCACGGAAUUGACAAAGCACACCUCAAGCAAAAUCUCAACCAGGUGAUCAAGAAUAUUAACGGCCGCAAGAGGAAUCGCAAGUAUUUCGCCAAGCGGAGGGUGAGGAAUAGAAUGCACAAGCUGGAAUCGGCAAAGGAGUAACAUUAUUGAGUCACGUGUUGAGGUAGUAGAUUCCGGCUUUCAUUCAUCUCAGUGAUCAAUUUCGCUACAAUAAUCUGGUACAUUUUUGUAACUUCUAGAAAUAAGCGGCCCCGUUUUGCAAUUAACUGGAGGAUUGUUGGUUGAGUUGAGUAAAAUAAUGAACUAAUAAUAAAGUUUGCGAAA